AUGAAAAAUCAGACCGUAUUGUCAGAGUUUCUAUUAAUAGGAUUUUCAAGCCUUCACCAGUUCCAGUUUUAUCUCUUCAUGAUCUUCCUUCUCAUCUACCUGAUGACUCUGACAUGGAACCUUCUCAUCUUUCUCCUGAUCAUCACAGACUCUCACCUCCACACCCCCAUGUACUUCUUCCUAAGUAACCUGGCUUGUAUAGACAUCUGCUGCUCCUCAGUCAUUACCCCGCGGAUGCUCUUUGACUUAUACACUCAGAGUUUGACGAUCUCAGUAUCAGCUUGUUUUUUACAAUUUUCUGUAUACAGCUUUCUAGCAUCUUCUGAAAUAAUCUUGUUGGCUGUGAUGUCCUGUGACCGAUAUGCUGCUAUCUGUCAUCCUCUACAUUAUAUGACAAUUAUGCAUUGGAAGGUUUGUGCCGGAUUAGCUUCAGGUGUGUGGGCCGUUGGUCUUGUUUACACAAUUUGUCAUGCUCUGUAUAUUCUCAAAUUACAAUUCUGUGGCUCAAACAUAAUACACAGUUUCUUCUGUGACCUGCCCCAGUUGCUUCUUAUCUCUUGUGGUGAUACCUCUAUCUAUAACUUUCUCAUUUUACUUUUAGAAGGACUAUAUUCAGUAUUCACUUUAGUGGUAACUUUUGGUCCUUAUAUAAAUAUAUUUGACACAGUGCUAAGACUUCAGGGUAAGAGUAGCAGAUUUAAAGCUUUCUCCACUUGCACUACACAUCUGUCUGUUGUCUUUUUAUUUUAUGGUACUGCAUUUGUUAAUUACUUUUCACCAAAAUCAAGAGACUCUAUUGUUGAUAACAAGUUACUUUCCGUGUGUUAUACUAUAGUGUCUCCCCUGUUAAAUCCAGUGAUCUACAGUCUUAGGAACAAAGACAUUAAAGACUCACUAAGAAGAACUGUGCAAAAUGUGAACAAAUAG